GCACCAUGAUAGCGGGCUUUUCUGUAUUGUGCUGUGCCAAAACAGACGAUAUCACACCUAAACAGAAAUACUCAUCAGCCAUAGUUGUAGUGGCGAUCGGUUUCCUCCAACUGAUCAUGGUGUCGUGCUUUCUGAUUGGCUGGAUUUGGAGCGGGAUUUGGGGAGUCUCAUUAAUUGGAAAUUCAGCUGAAUAUUACAAAGAAUCCGAGUCCUCAAACUGGAGAGGCGAUAGCCGCCGACGCUUACGGCCGCGGUCGAACCUAAUUUACCCGAUGCGGGCCAGAUCUAACAUAAGGUACCACAGUCCCCCUCCGCCGUAUGAAAUGUACCGGACCCCACCCCCAGGGUACUCCAUGCCCGGGCAGACGCUGGAUCAAGAGGAAACGGAAGUUCCGGCGGAACCAGAACCCGAUCGAAAUUUAGAUAUGGUUGAAGAGAAUAUAAUUAGAAACGAAGAAAAUAACCCACAACCUCACUAUUGGCAGUGCAUGGUGUGUCGGAAACAAAACAAUGCUUCGGAACGCAAGUUUCAGUGUAACCGCUGUAUGGAGACAGUGUGUGAUUCUUGUUAUCAGCAGCACUUUACGAUGCCAAACGGGGAGCGGAUCGUAGUAUGUGACACGUGUUACAAUGAACUCUCACUCCCAAACAUCACGUGACAUGUACCCAAUUAUUAUUAUUAUUUGAAGGGAUAUUUCAAAGAAGCUCCUGCAUUGGUUAAAAGAGCUGUGGUUAUCUCCCAAAGAUUCUGAAAUUGAAAAAAAAUGCAUUUUAAAAAAUUAUAUUUUUUCAUAAACGUAAACGUAUGUAUAAUGUCGCAUUCUCUAAGUCUGUGCAUAUAUUGAAAGAAGGGAAAAUAUACUGAGAAAAUGGUUAAAGUACUAUUGACUUUAAAAUUGUAAAAUUAAAAUUCCUUUGAAACAGCGUCACAGUGUGGUACAAUAUUUCUUCCUUCAAUUACAAACUUAUACUGAUUAAGUUAUUUUAUAUUUAUAUAUUUAUUAUUUUAAUACUGUAUGUUGUAUUUAAUACAUAAAAACUGUUAAAUGAAGGACAACUGUAUAACUCAUGAUUUAAAAAAAAAGCUGCAAACGUCAAUCAAAAGAUUUCAGAUUUACACGGAAUUUCUUUCCUGUAUUUAGCACUUUAGAUUUUGUUGCAUUCAGUAUGUGAUAUUUUACCAUAAUAUAUUAUACCACAGGCAGAUGGUUAUUUUAAGAAAUAAUAUA